GUCGAGUCUCAGCUUUAAUUUUUAUUGUCCCAUAAGUCAAGCAAAAUUUAAAUUUCCUGUGAUCAAAUUAUCAUUAAAAUGCUAUCAAUUUAGUGAAAUUCUUGUGAAAAUAAUGAAAAUAUAGAAACAAGAAAAAUAAGCGCAAAAAUGCCUCCAAAGGAACAAUCAAAAGUACCUCCACCGCCACAGCUACUACCAAAGAUUAUAAAUGGCGGCAUCGCGGGCAUCAUCGGCGUGUCGUGUGUGUUCCCCAUCGACUUGGUGAAGACGCGACUGCAGAACCAGGUCAUCGGCCCCAAUGGCGAGAGACAGUACAAAAACAUGUUGGAUUGUUUUAAGAAGACAUACGCCCAAGAGGGAUACUUCGGCAUGUACCGCGGCUCGGCGGUCAACAUCAUUCUCGUCACGCCCGAGAAAGCCAUCAAGCUGGCUUGCAACGAUAUGUUCCGCUACUACCUCACUUUGCCUGAUGGGAACCUGCCGAUUUUCCGGCAGAUGAUCGCGGGCGGCGCGGCGGGCGCGUGCCAGAUCGUCAUCACCACGCCCAUGGAGCUGCUGAAGAUCCAGAUGCAGGACGCUGGCCGCCUGGCUGCGCAAGCGAAAAAAGAGGGCAAGAAGUUCGAGCGUCAGUCGGCGAUGCAGCUGAUCAACAAGCUGCUGGCGGAGCGCGGCAUCAUGGGGCUGUACAAGGGGCUCGGCGCCACCGCCGCCCGCGACGUGUCCUUCAGCGUCAUCUACUUCCCCACGUUCGCCAUCCUCAACGACAUGGGCCCCAAGGAGCCCGGCGCCACCAGCCCGCCCUUCUGGUGGUCGUUUAUUUCGGGGUGCAUCGCGGGCUCGUCGGCCGCGAUAGGCGUCAACCCGCUCGACGUGGUGAAGACGCGCAUGCAGACGCUCACCAAGGGCGCGGGCGAGCGCCAGUACACCGGCAUCGUCGACUGCAUCACGACGACGCUGAGGAACGAGGGCAUCACGGCGUUCUUCAAGGGCGGCGCCUGCCGCAUGAUGGUGAUCGCGCCGCUCUUCGGCAUCGCGCAGACCAUCUACUACAUCGGCAUCGCGGAGUCUCUGCUUGGCUACCCGAGAUAAGCCAACUGAUAUCACUUCUUGUUGAUCGUUUACCAAAUAUUGUGCGAAUCGAUGGAAUCUAAUUUAAUUGCAGACUUCGGGGAGUAAAUGGGCUUUCAUUGAACCUGUGAGCCAGUCGACACUGGCGUCACUUACCAAGGUGUAUUAAAAUCAUACAAAAUAAUAGAACGUAUUUCAAUAUUCAAUUAACAGCACAUGUCACAAUAAAUUGAUAUAGAAAAAUUCUCUUAUUGAAAGCAGAACGAAUAUUGUUCAGAAAUUUUUAUACACUUAUUAUUGUUGUUAAAAAUCAAUUGUUUACAUUUAACGUGAUACGCUUAUAGUUCAACUGUUUUAAAUUUAGGUACUUUAAGUUACUUUAGUCAAAAGCAAUAAAAGUGAUAUUACUUUAUUUAUUGUUACCGUAAUGUUAUUAUCACUCUACUGAAGUUAGGGCUCGCUGAAUAAUGAAAUUCGAUGAAAUGUAUGUAUAUUUUUUUGAUUCACACACUACGCUUGAAUUCUUAGAUAGGUAACAUGUUACGCAAAAUUGCAAAUCCGUAUAAAAGACACAGAUACAGUAAGAAACUAUGAACGUGGGUUCUUCCUUUAAAGCACUAAGUUCCUGGCUGUGUUGUAUUGUUAUUUUAAUUAUUUUUUUAUAAUUUAUACUGCUUCUGUUACAUAAUAAUUAUAAUACAUAUAUAUAUUUUAAGCCAAGGAUGAGAAAUAUUAUGAAGUAAAAUGAUAUGAUAGUGUUUGGUUCUGUCUAACAGAACGUUCUCCUAAAGACAUUGGUCGUCCAUUAUUAAAUUUAGUCGCUCGUUCGUAUCUGUUUAGGCCUACUUGCACCAUUCCACUAACCCGGGGUUAACCGGUUAAAUGUAGAAUUACCAUGGUUACCAGUACAAUUUGACACUGGGUAAACGGUUUAACCGCUUAACCCUCGGAGUAAUUAACAAUGGAGCCGCCAUUAACAGGCGUUCCCCUCUGUCGAAAAUAGGCGGCCAAUGGUCAACCACAUGUCAACCAUAUGUAUGGACUGACGUUUAUCUGACAUGACGUACCUAUACAUUUGAUGUGCCACUCCCCCGCAAAAAACGGCAGACUAUUUUGUACCGAAAAUUUUAGACAUGGCGUCUCCGUUGGUUAUAUCCUCUAAGGCUUAACCCCAGGUUAGUGGGAUGGUGUAAGGGGCCCAGAGAUGUUGGUAUGUUUUAUCAGUGAUGAUGACAAUAAUAUCAUGUGUUUAAAAUAUCGAACUAGGUAGCAUGAAGUUAACUUAGUACGUGUCCAAUUUUAUCAAUGUCAAUUGAAUGAUGCAUGUGGUGAGUUACUGUAGAAUAUGAUUCUCAUCUCGAUUGUUACUGAUAAGACAAGCAUAUAAUAUUAUCACACUGCCAAUAUACAUUGACAAGCAUCGCAUUAUUGAAACGAGAGUGUGAUAAAAAAAGUAAGUAAACAAUGUCUAUUUUCAAGUUUUUCGUAAAUCUAUUGACACAUUGCACAUAAUCUAGACAUAAGUCUUGCCACCAAACAAAAUAUUCUUCGUUGAAUUUUGAGCAUAUGUAGUGAAUUGCGUGCUGUGCAUAGUAAUCAAAUUGCAAUACACUUGGUAAAUUCAUUUAUAAAAAUUAGAAACCUACAUAGCUACGUAGUUCAGCAUUGAAGCACCCUGCAUUUAUAUCUUUAGGUAUUCCAUCUGUCCAAUAUCAUUUCGUCUCACUCUCUCAUUAAGCAAAAUGAGAGACAAAAUAUACACUGGACAAAGAAAUUGGAAAGGUGGCAUACUACCCAACUAUAUAUUACAAGUACGAAGACAAGUUCACAAUACAAAAACGUCACCGUUUAUUGAAGUGACUUUAGGUGUCGUAAAAAUUGAUGUUGUUUGCAUGCCUACACGUUUACGUCUGCGUUAUUGAAUAGCCGUGUUACGAAUAUUUAAUCCUUAUUAUGUAAAGAUAUCAAAAAGACAAUAACUUGCCAACAUUGUUAAAACCAUUAUAAAUGUGUUUGUGGUAUUUUAAGGUAAAGUUAAUGUGUGUCAUAAUCAUGUCAAUUAUACUAGGUAUCUCCUUCCAUGACUUCCCUCUGGGAUUCUCUGAUCUAUAAUGAUUCGAAAUGGAAUUCGUUUCAGUUUGCCAUACCUAAAUUGUUGCUUUAGAACAGGAUCGAUUACGGCACAACAGUGUCUGAACUAUAUAAUUUUUAUAUAGACCAAUUUAGUUUGGCAGCUGGUAACUUUGGCUAUUGAAUUCAAAACUGACCACUUCUCAUCUAGAUGACAGCCGAAACAUACUUAUAUGAAAUUAGAUGUGCUUUCUUUUAGAUGCAUAUUAUGCCUAUAGGUAGAUGUUGAAAAUAAAAAUUACUUUAACAA